UGCAUUUAUAGGUUUCUGCAGAAACACCGUCCAACCAAACUCUGUAUCCAUCUAUCUCUAUUCAGUCUGCUUAAUAAGUUUAGAAGUGAAAGCCAAUGGACGGACUUGUGCAAGUUGUAAGGUCCGGUAGCAAGAGUAUUAGAGCUGUCUCCAACCUGGCCUCCACACUAUCCCGGUCGGCCGACACAAAUAGCGAUGGCGGCGUCGGCUCUACCACAGUCGCCGCGACCGUCAGUGCGAGACAAGUGAGUACGAGCAGCAAGAAGAUGGAACGGGAUCGUCUGGGACAGUGGACAUACAGCGAUGGCAGCAAGGGGACAUUAUCAACCAACCUCAUCCGGGGCCUGGACCACAUGAGGGACCCCAGGCUGAACAAGGGCAUGGCCUUCACGCUGGAGGAGCGUCAAGUCCUCGGCAUCCAUGGACUGAUCCCUCCCCGCUUCAAGAGCCAAGAGGAGCAGCUUGAGCUGUGUAAACUGAGUGUGGAGAGAUACGGAGAAGACCUCAACAAAUACAUCUACCUCAUGGGUCUGCAGGACCGAAAUGAGCGAUUGUUCUACCGCUUCCUCUCAGAGAAUGUAGAACAGUUGAUGCCCAUUGUCUACACACCCACCGUAGGUCUGGCUUGUCAGAAAUACGGAAUGAUCUACCGACGUCCCCGCGGACUGUUCAUCUCCAUCCACGACAAAGGACAUGUCUUUGAGGUCCUGAGGAACUGGCCAGAACCUGAUGUCAGAGCUAUCGUCGUGACAGACGGAGAGCGUAUCCUAGGUCUUGGAGAUCUUGGUGCAUAUGGAAUGGGCAUUCCUGUGGGCAAGCUGGCUCUGUACACUGCCUUGGCAGGCAUCAAACCUCAUCAGUGUCUGCCCAUCACCCUAGAUGUUGGCACUAACACUCAGCAACUACUAGACGACCCUCUUUACAUUGGUCUUAGACAGAAGAGAGUCACAGGCAAGGAAUAUGACGACUUCAUUGAUGAGUUCAUGCAAGCUGUGGUCCACCGUUACGGACAAAACACUCUUAUUCAGUUUGAGGACUUUGGCAACCACAAUGCAUUCAGGUUCCUAGACAAAUACAGAAACAAGUACUGCACGUUCAAUGACGACAUCCAAGGCACUGCGUCUGUUGCUCUCGCAGGUAUGUUGGCGUCCCUGCGUAUCACCAAGACUCGAUUGUCCGACAACAUCAUCCUGUUCCAGGGAGCUGGAGAGGCAUCACUGGGUAUUGCUGAAUUGUGUGUGAUGGCAAUGAAGGCCGAGGGAACUUCCGAGUCCGAGGCUCGCUCCAAGAUCUGGCUGGUUGACUCCAAGGGUCUCAUUGUCAAGGACCGCCCCGAGGGAGGCAUCUCUGGUCACAAGACUCACUUCGCCCACGCUCGUCCCCCCAUUCGCACCCUGGGCGAUGCUGUCAAAGUACUCAAGCCUAACAUCCUUGUUGGAGCGGCCGCUGUAGCUGGAGCCUUCACCCCAGAGAUUAUCCAGACCAUGGCGCAACACAACAAGAGGCCGAUCAUCUUUGCCCUCAGCAACCCUACCAGCAAGGCAGAGUGUACUGCAGAACAGGCCUAUGCUUACACCAAUGGUACUGCUGUAUUCGCCAGCGGUUCUCCUUUCGCCCCCGUCACCUUCAACGGCCAGAGGUAUGUCCCAGGACAAGGUAACAAUGCCUACAUCUUCCCCGGAGUAGCCCUGGGUGUUAUCUGCGCGGGCAUCAGACACAUCAGCGACGAGGUGUUCCUUAUGGCUUCCUCCGCCCUUGCUGACAUGGUGUCUGAAGCAGACCUAGAGCAGGGCAGUCUUUACCCUCCACUACAAAACAUCAAGGAAAUCUCCAUCAAGGUCGCUACCAAGGUGGCAGAAUUUGCCUACCAGAGAGGAAUGGCAUUUACAUAUCCCGAGCCAGAAGACAAGGAUCAUUUUAUUAAAUGCCAACUUUACGAUACCGAAUACCGUUCCGCCGUACCCUGCACGUACCCUUGGCCUAAGAACUAAGGGUUGGGGCUUGGUGCAUGCCUAGGCUAAGACAAUACAAAUUGUUGAUGUAAAUACGUUGGCUGUGUUACUAUAAUUGUAUCUCCGGAAAAGCAUGGGGUGGAUGACGGACUAAAUUGUAUUUAUUCUUUUGACUUAGUAUUUUUUAUAUUCUGGAAAGACCUCUGUUGCACAGAGAUCAAACAUAUUGCAUUGUUGAAUAUUUUGUGUAGCUAUUUAAUUUAUUUUGAACAUGUUUUGUGUAAUCAUGGAUCACUCAUGAUUUUUUCAGUUCCUAAUAAUUUUAAAGUUUUAAUCCUGUACAGUGGCGUUUGCCCUUUGUAAUCAUAUAAACUCAUAGUAAAAUUUUAUUGAACUGAUAUUUUAAACCAAAUUAUUGUACUGAUUAGGUUGUAAAAGAUAAAAUGUAAGAUUAUAUCAUUUAUUGAACAA